UUUUGAACCGAAUUCUGAAACAGAAAAAUGUAUUAUUCUCAGCAUUUAUCAUGCAUUUGCAUACCUCAUGCAGUGUUGUUACAACCUAAAAGAAGUUGGAGCAGUUCACAUUCUAAUGCUGGGAAGAGACUUGGUCAUUGCACACAGGUUCCACGAAAUGUGAACUUGGAAAAACUGCGGAGUGGAUAUCUGUUUCCUGAGAUAUCCAGGCGAGAGUCUGAACACAUGCAGAAGAAUCCACACGCAAGCUUACUAAGACUUGGUAUUGGUGAUACAACAGAACCAAUACCGGACAUCAUAACACUAGCAAUGGUUGAGCAUGUACGUGGCCUAUCAACAAUUCUAGGUUAUAGAGGAUAUGGAGCUGAACAAGGCAACAUGGCACUAAGAAAGGCUAUCGCAGAAAAACUUUACCAGGAUAUGGGUAUAAAAGCUGAUGAGAUUUUUGUAUCUGACGGUGCACAGUGUGACAUUUCUCGCCUUCAGAUGCUUCUGGGACCCAAUGUGACAGUGGCAGUGCAGGAUCCAUCCUUUCCAGCCUAUAUCGAUUCAAGUGUCAUAGUUGGUCAAGCUGGCGAGUUAGAAGAGGAAACUGGGAAGUAUGAAAACAUAAUCUACAUGAACUGUGGCCCUGAGAAUAAUUUCUUUCCCGACCUGUCAACUACUCCAAGGACAGAUAUCAUUUUCUUUUGUUCUCCAAACAAUCCCACUGGUCAUGCUGCAUCGCGGCAGCAACUAAAGCAACUCGUAGCGUUUGCAAAGGCUAAUGGGUCUAUAAUAAUUUACGACUCUGCAUAUGCUGCUUAUAUCACAGAUGAAAGCCCCAGAUCAAUCUUUGAAAUUCCUGGUGCCAAAGAGGUUGCUAUUGAAAUUUCAUCCUUCUCCAAAUUUGCUGGGUUUACAGGUGUGCGACUUGGCUGGUCAGUGGUCCCUAAAGAGCUGCUGUACUCCAAUGGGUUCCCUGUUAUAAAGGAUUUCAACCGCAUUGUGUGCACUUGCUUUAAUGGUGCAUCAAAUAUUGCUCAGGCUGGAGGCCUUGCAUGCCUUUCAACAGAUGGUUACCAGGCACUACGUAAUGUUAUUGACUACUACAUGGAGAAUGCCAACAUAAUUGUUGAUGCAUUUUCAUCGCUUGGUUCGAACGUCUAUGGAGGCACGAAUGCACCUUAUAUAUGGGCACACUUUCCAGGAUUGAGUUCUUGGAAUGUAUUCAGUGAAAUUCUUGAGAAAACAAACAUAGUGACUGUUCCAGGCAGGGGAUUUGGUCCUGGAGGCGAAGAGUAUAUUAGAGUCAGUUCAUUUGGUCAAAGAGAACGUAUAAUAGAAGCUUCGAGGAGGCUAAAAAGAUUUCUAAGAUGAAUUAUAUAUAUAUAUAUGUAUGUAUGUAUACCCUUCAGUGACUAAAAGAUGAGGGGUUUCCGGUCCAAUUUUAAUUGAUGAAACAACCUUUGUCUAGAUAACAAUGACUUUGCGCACCUAAUGUUCAUCGAAUUUGGUUGAAGCUUAUGCUCUUUGCUGGUCAUCAAACUAGAAAUAUGUUCAGUUCAA